ACCAAAACCCUUUACACAAAUAAGUGGGCUGGGCGUGCGUAACCUGCAUGAUUUUGCAUUUUUCGCUGCAUGUAAAAGAAUAUCUUGUGCUGGAUUAGACACAAAGCAGAUCCUGAUCGGUGCAGUUUAAAAUGGCGAUUGAAAACGUGCUCCCGGCUAACUUUGGUUAUGCAAUUUUUGUAUAUCUGUAUAGUUUUGUAAUGUUAAUGUAUCUCGGGCUCAAAGUUGGUGGUGCCAGGAAGAAGUUUGGCAUUAAGUAUCCCACCAUGUACAGCGACAAGGAGCCAUUGUUCAACUGUAUCCAAAGAGCCCAUCAGAACACACUGGAGGUUUAUCCACAGUGGCUGGUCUUCCAGACCAUUGCUGCAUUAGCUUAUCCUACGGUUGCUUCAGUGCUAGGAGUCAUCUGGGUGACAAGCAGAUUUUCCUAUGCCUGGGGUUAUUACACUGGUGAUCCCCAGAAGAGGAUGCAAGGUGCAUAUGGAUACAUCGGGCUGUUCGGAGUCUUACUCCUUUCAAUCUAUGUGGCUCUUCAGCUGCUUGGAGUCUUGUAAGGGAAUCAUGAGUAAAAGAGAUUCUUGACCAGUAGUGCAAAUGUCAAUUUUUUUAUGAUCAACAUUUGUUUUCUGACAGCUAAUCUUUUUCUGUCUGUUUGUACACAUAAUAUACACAUCUUCUCUUGAUUUUCCAUGCCAUUGUUGAAUAGCUGUGAAUUUAUACGUAUGAAUAAUAAAAUCAGAUUUUAAUAAACCUCA